UUGAGCUUGAAGUACUCACAGCUCUUUGUAUUGUAAAAUAUGUAUAAAAUAUUUCAAAUAUUUGUACUAUUUAUAAGUGUUUCCCGUAGUUGUUGGGUUAACAGCCAAAAGGAGCCGCAUUUUCAAGCAAAUCGCUCUAGUAUAGUGCAUCUAUUCGAGUGGACUUGGCCUGAUAUAGCCAAAGAAUGUGAAGAUUUUCUGGGGCCUCAAGGUUAUGGUGGAGUGCAGAUUUCACCUCCCAAUGAGGUUCGUGAAAUAGAGGGUAAACCCUGGUGGGCUCGUUAUCAGCCUCUCUCCUACAUUCUCAUAUCUCGCUCGGGCAAUCAAGCUGAUUUGGCCAACAUGAUAGAAAGAUGCCACAAAGUGGGAGUACGCAUUUAUGUAGACAUAGUGGUCAAUCAUAUGACUGCCUAUGCAGAGGGCGAUUCUAUUGGAACCGCCGGCUCACGCUGUAAUUAUAACAAACGUACUUAUCCCGCUGUGCCCUAUGGACCGAAUGAUUUUCAUUCUGCCUGCAAUAUAACAAAUUAUCAAAACCCUGUUGAAGUAAGAAAUUGCCAGUUAAAUACUUUAUUGGAUUUAAAUCAAACUAUGCCUCAUGUGCGGGGAAUGAUUGUAAAUUAUAUGAAUAAAUUGGUGGAUUUGGGAGUGGCUGGUUUUCGUAUAGAUGCUGCCAAGCAUAUGUGGCCAGCUGAUUUACAGAUCAUUUAUGGCAGAUUAAAGCCGUUGAAUGAAAAGUUUGGUUUUCCAAAAAACAGCUGGCCCUAUAUUUAUCAAGAGGUUAUAGAUCUGGGUGGUGAGAGUAUAAAGAAAACCGAUUACUCUCCUUUGGCUGCCGUUACCGAAUUCAAAUACUCCACCGAAAUAGGUAAAAUUUUUCGCGGCAAAAACUCCCUAAAAUACCUUAAGAACUGGGGUCCCGAAUGGGAUAUGUUGCCCUCAAACGAUGCUUUAGUCUUUGUAGACAAUCAUGACAACCAGAGAGGUCAUGGUGCUGGCGGUGCAGACAUUUUAACCUUUAAAGAACCUGAACUCUAUAAAAUGGCUGUCAUUUUCAUGUUGGCCCAUCCCUAUGCCAAAGUAACCAGAAUUAUGAGUUCCUAUGCUUUUACCAACACCGAUCAGGGACCUCCUAUGGACAAUAAGGGUCACAUUAAGCCACCCUCAUUUCUCAAGAAUAAUCUUUGUGACACCGCCAAUUCGGGUUGGGUGUGUGAGCAUAGAUGGUGGGAAAUACAACAAAUGGUUAAGUUCCGCAAUCAUGUGGCCGGCCAACCUCUGCAGCACUGGUGGGAAAAUGGCGAAAAUCAAAUAGCUUUUGCUAGAGGUCAAAAGGGGUUUGUGGUGUUUAAUAUGGAAAAGGAUAAGGAAUUGCAGGCCACCGUGCAAACAGGUUUACCUCAGGGAGUCUAUUGUGAUAUUUUGACGGGUGUUAAACAGAAUAAUAACUGCAGUGGUGGGAAGCUUGUGGUGGGUGACGAUGGUAAGGCCGUGGUGAAUUUAGCCAAAGGUCCUAAGGCUUUGGCUGUGUAUGAGAUGAUGAAAAUUUAGCUUUUUUGCUGAAGUAAUGAUAUGUUUAAUAAUUUUCUUUGUUUGUUUUUUAAUAAAUCAGACAAAUAGGUUUU